CAAAAAGAAUUGAAGGUCACACCGAACAGUGGUUGCCAUUUCUAUCGCCAAAAUAGUUUAUUUAAUGCCAAAUAUGUUGAAAUAAAGUUAAGAAGUUAUAGAAAAAGGAUAAAGCCCCCGAAUACCAAUGGCGCGCAUUACCUGGCGAGGUCACUCCAGUCAGGAGCUGCUUUCUAUUUGUCGGCUUCGAUGGUCCUACAUGAAACACUGCUGGCAUUCGCUGACCUUUAACGCUCAUAUGAACUCCUCCUACGCGUCGGACGUCUGCUUGACACCAAUAUUUUGGUUUGUGGACAACUACACUCACUGCCUGGGACCGUUCUUUGUGGUAGGCGUGGCUGCCUUGACCACUUCGGUUGUGAGCAUUGCCUACUGGAUUGGUUUGCCUUUUUGGUAUGCCAAAAGCCAGCUGGUCACCUAUUUCCUUAUCAUUGUGGGCAAUUGGUUGUUGCUUAAUGUCGUUUUCCACUAUGUGAUGGCUGUAAUCACGCCGGCUGGCCAUCCGCCGGAAGGUGUGUCCCUAGUGGAGGCGGUCAGCAUGUGCGGGAAGUGCAUAGCCCCCAAACCACCAAGGACUCAUCACUGCUCCGUCUGUAAUCGCUGCAUCCUCAAGAUGGAUCACCACUGCCCAUGGCUAAACAACUGUGUGGGAUACGGUAAUCAUCGGUACUUCUUCCUCUACAUGAUGUACACCACUCUAGGUUGCCUGUUUCUUAUUUUGUUUGGUCUGGAGAUUGGUCACAAAUACCUGUGGCUGGAUCAUGGCGAAGCCUGGACGGAGAUUGAGCCCCUAGAGGGGCAGCCGGUCAAGUAUAACCUCAGUGGGCAUAUCAUUCCAGUGACCCAUCCCCAUGAGUACGAUGAAUUCAUGCUGCCCCCUGCGGUACACAAUCUGCCCACACCCAUUGUGGAUACGGAUGGCCCUUCGACUGGUCGACGCCGAGCCGUGUGGUUUAUGGCCUUCACGAAUGUAUCCGUGGUCUUGGCUCUUGGCAGUCUCACCAUUUGGCAUGCCAAGUUAAUCACUCGCGGAGAGACAAGUGUAGAGGCCCACAUCAACGAAGCGGAGCAAAAACGACUUCUCCAGCAGCAACGCAUUUACAUCAAUCCCUAUAACUUUGGCACAAGGAAAAACUGGAAAUUGUUUUUGGGUCUGGUGCGAGGCAGAUCCUUCUGGCGAACUGUUCUGCUUCCCUCAUGGCACAAACCCGAAGGUACUGGAUUAAGUUUCCACACGGUAAACGAUGCGCCUUUCGAAGACGAGUGGCCAUAGUCCCAACAUCGAAGCUAUUGUGAUGUCAUCCAGUCAAUCUUAAAUUAUUACGUUAAAGUUUAAGCUCAAAGUAACACAUUUGUGUAUGUCAACCAACUGCUUAUUUUAAGUAAAAUGUAGUAUAGAUAUUAACCUAUGAUUCCAAAGUUUACUCAAAAGCAAUAGGAGAUUUAUAGAGCAACUGGCAACAAAUAUACGACUUCACA